CGUCUCGGAGAGCGAGUGAAGGGGGGGAUAAGGGGAAGUGGGGGGGGCUGUGCUGCGCGAGGCUGUCAUGGCGACUAGCAUCGAGCAGAUUUUUCGGUCUUUUGUCGUUAGCAAGUUCCGGGAGAUCCAGGAGCAGCAAUUCGGCAGUGCAAAGUUAGGAAGCCAGCACAAUGGUGAAAUAAACUCAUCUGAGCAAGUGAACUCUUCAGAUGAUACAAUUACGUCUAUUGGGAAUCUUCAGAAUGAUCCAUUAGUGCAGAAGAUAGAACAAGUAUUAUCAGAAGUGUUGGGUGCAGAGUCACAGUACAAACCAGAUGGUGGUGAGGAUACAGUGAGAAAUAAAUCUCACUCUACCAAAAGAGGCUUAUCCGAAGAAGUAGAAGAUGAAAUUCCAAGGAAAAAGUCUAAGAAGGAUAAGAAACACAAAGAUAAGAAAAAGAAGAAGAAAAGGAAGAAGGAGAAAAGGGAGAAAAAGUAUAAAAAGCAACCCAAGGAAUCAAAACUAAAUGAGCAGCAUAAAGAAUGUGGAGAUACGCAGUCCAUUUCUCAUUCAAAAUCAGAAAGCUCAAGCUCCAUACCAAGUGCAGAAGAUGUAGAUCUACAGCCUGUAUCUUCUUCGAAACAGACCUCUGGGUGGCUUCUGAAAAAAACUGUAUGUGAAAACCUUAAUUUAGCCACGUCAAAUUCACAUAAUGCAAAUAAUUCAGUUAACAGCAAACUGGAUACAACUAGAGAUUCUACUUUAGCCAAUAUUCAAGAACUCAGUGAAGUCAAGGUUACAAAUGAGAGAGAAUUGGAAAAUAACACCUACCAACCUACCAACAUAGCUUUGAAUUUGUGCAUAGGGAAUGAAUCUUUAAAUAUUGCUGAUGUUGAAGGUAGAGUGGCUAACAUAAAAGAAUACGAACAGCCUGAAGCUAGUUUGACAUUGGAGGCUAUGGAAGAAACAAGUGCUCCUGAAAGCAGUCCAAAGUCUGUAGCAGUACAACUGGAAUAUUUGGAAACAAGUUCAGCAUCUGACACAAUGGAGGUAAAAGAUUUGGACUCUGUCUCAGAAUCUUUCAAUCCUGAAAUCUUGAAACAAGCAGUAGCAACUUCAUUUGAAACUGCUAGCUGUAAUUUCACCAACCUUCCCCCAGAGGCAGCUGCAGAAGCCAAAGAUUCAGUGACAACUCUGGGAUUUUUGGCUAUGGUGGUAGGAAAAGAUUUUGAAGCCACUUCAGAGUUUUUGAAUACAGCAAAAGUGAAAGCUUCUGAAAUAAGCCCCGAUCAGGAUAUGAAAGAGGAUUUACUACAUGACUCUGAGAGCAUCAUCACAGUGAAAGAUCUGCAACUGAGUCAACAGUUUGAGUCAACAGCAGGAUUGAAAGACUCGGAAGCAGCUUCAGAAUCUCUGCAUACGAUCUCUGAAAAAUAUUUUGAACCAGCUCUAGUAACUAAACUGAAGCAUCAUCGAGAAGAAUUAAAAAUAAUUACUGAGUUAGAUGCCCAGAAAUGCACAGCAGCAACCCCUGAUGUUGAGACAAGGGCAGGGGUGAAAGAAUUAGGAGCAGCUCAAGCUUCGCCAGUCAAGACAACAUUGAAUGAUGCAGAAAAACGUCAAAUACUUUUGCAAACUGUAGCAGAUGCAAAAGAUGCACCAGAAUUGGAGGACAUGAAAAGCACAGAUUCAACUUUAAAAGUGAGGACUGUGGAAGUUGGGGAGAUGGACAUGAGAUGCUUAAAAGCAAAAUCUAAAAGUAUAACGGAAAUGGAAAAGUGGAUUGCUGUGCCAGAACCUCUUAGAAUGAAGGGUGUGAAGAAUCUAGAUAGUUCUCCAGAAUUUGAGGGAGAUAGGCAAGUGAAUUAUUUGGGAACUCCCCUAGAAACGGUGGUAGGGAAGAGAGGAGAGCCAGGAAUUACUGAAGAUACUGAGGCAGUGAUUGAUGUACAAGUUCCUGAAAGCAUUUCACAAUCUGAAACUGUUCUAAAUAUUAACAAUUUAGAAAUGGCUCCAGGGAUAGUAAAAACACAAUAUCUGGAAGCUUCAGAAUAUGUGGAUGUAAGAGAAAGUAAUACUGUGGGGAAUGUAAAGGAUUUUGGAAAAGUUCUAGAAUCGUUAAUGACUUUGAAAAAUUUGGACAGCAUUUCAGAAUCUCAGUACACAAAAGAAAUGAAAAGUGCAAAAGACGUUUUGCAACUUGAUGCAGUAACUCAGAGAAAAGAUUUAGAAACUAGUCUAGAGACAGAAGAAGAACAAGAGGGGAGAGAGAUGGAUGCUACUUCAGAUUCACUGCAUAUGAUAUUUACAAAUUAUUCAGAACAGAGCCUAGAACUUGAUACAGAAUCUGAGAUUAUGAUGAAGUUGAAAAGUUCAGAAAAUGCUCCUGAGUCACUGCACAUGGUAGAUGCAAACAAAUUUAAAGCACUACAAACUGGGGAAAUCCAAGGCAUUAAAACUGUAGAUCCUGAAACAAUAGUUGAGUUGAAUGAUUUACGUAAAAAAUUAAAACCACUGGACAGAGAGGUGAAAAAUAUGGAAGUAACUUCAGUGCCACCUGGAAAGUAUUCUGAGAUUCCUGUAGCAUCUGAAACUGUGGCCAAAAGCAAAAGCACUGAAACUGAAUCUCAUCCUGUGCCCCGAAUACAGGAGAAGCCUUCUGAUGCUAUAGCGCACAUGGAGAAAAAUCAGAAUGGUGCUGAGGCAACUGAUUUGAAAACUUUACCAAGAUAUCAGAAAGUAACUAAAGAAGUAGCUGUAGGAAUAUCUGACAAUAAGCUGCAUGCUGAGAGUGAAGGCUCAUUACUCAUUUCAAAAUCUCUGCAAGAAAUGGAUAUAGUAAGUUCAGAAGGAAUUCCAGAACUGGAGGAUGUAGCAGUGAUACAAGAAUUAAAAGAAACAACUGUGGUGGAUGUGAGCAGUCCUAAGGAACCCUUAGCAUUGAAGAAUUUGCCAUCAAUUCCUGAUUCUCAUGCAGAACAAAAUCUAGAACAACUCCAGUAUGUGAAGACAAAAAUCAGGGGAGUUGGUUUGGAUUCUCUGUAUUCUUUGGAAGUUAAAUAUGCAGGAACAAGUCCAGAGUUUCUGUUUUCAGAUGAAUUAACUAGUCAGGAAGAGAAGCAGAAAUUGGAAGAAAGGACAGAAUCAAGAGGAUUUACAGCUCCAGAAUCUCUCUGUGUAUCAGAGAAAGAGAAGAUUAUAGUUCUAGAAUCUGACGAGAUUAACAAAGUAAUAGAUUUGGAACACAGUCCAGAAUCUAUGAAUGUGACAGAAACAUUUUCAAAGACCACCCUAACACCUUUCUAUUUGAUUCAAGCAAAAGAUUCAAAAACAGCUUCAGAAUCUACAAUCAGAGACCUAGAAGCUGAUUUAGAAUCUACUGUUCAAGCAGGCACAGAAAUUGCAAAUGAUCCUCCAAAACGUGAAUUGUUGCUAGGAUCAGAAAUUUUGGAAAUUGCUUCAGAACCUCCCCACCAUAAUGAAAUGUCACAGUGCACACCAGUAUUGCAAGUGUCAGAUGCAGAACCCAGAAGUGAAGCACUGGCAGGUACAGAUUUGGAAGCAGAUUCAGAAACUAUAUGUGUGAUUGAUACUGAAGAAGUAAAAAAACCAGAAAUGUCUCUAGCAGCUUUGUUUGCCCCAGAUGUGUUAGAUAUAAAAGCAACUCCCAGCUUUCUCCAUGGAACUGACGAUAAAGGAUUAAAAGCGGCUAAAACAAUUGAAAUGGUGGUGGAUAUAGAAAAAUUGAAGGCAUCCUAUGAAUCUGUGCAUGUAUUGAAAGAUACAUUUGAACCCAUUCACAUGACAGGUGUGAAAGAUUUAGAAACCAGUCAGAAGGUGGAAACAAAUCUAGCAUUUUUGGACAAAAACGAGAUGAAUAAUGUGCUCACAUCUACUCCCAAAGUUGAUGUGACUGGUUCAGAAACCUUUGAAAGGUGUAAACCGGUUUUGGGUGCACAUAUUUCAGCAGGCACGUUGACAACUGCAGAUAAAGCAGAACAAAAGGAUUUUGCAGUUCUAAAACCAGACACAAAAUUGGCAGUAAAAUAUUCUGAAUCUAUUUCUAAAUCUGCAACUGUUUCAGAAAGAAAGGAUAGUGACAAAACUCAGUCUGUGUUUAUGUUGGAUGUCAUAGAUUCGGGAGCAAGCUCCAGUACUUUAGAUACAAGAGGGAUGAAAAAUUCAGAAGCAGCUUUGCAGUUUGAAACAACUUCUAAACUCUGUGUGCCACAGGUGAGGGAUUCAGAUGGUGCUGUAGAAUCUCUAUCCAUACCUGAAGAAGAAACCAAAGAUUUAGGAAAAGCUCUAAAUUAUGAAACAGUAUUUGAAAUAAAAAAAUCAGUAGCUACUGCAGCACAGCUAAAUACACCAGAAUUGAAGUCUUCAGAAUCAGUCUCUGUAUUAAAGCUAGUUGACUCUGCAGGAACCCGAGAACUGGAAAUUACUUCAAGAAAUCUAGGUACAACAAAUUCAGAUUCUUCUGGUACAAUUACAGGGACAGAAGUACUGGAAAUAAUAGACUCUCAGAAACACAGCAAAGCAGAAAGUACUUUGGAAGUAAAAUAUUUAGAAUCGGCUUCAGAAACAAAAUAUGUCCCUGAGACACAUCAGUACAAAGCAGCUCCAGAAUCUGAAAGUGUGAUGGAAGAGAAACUUUCAGAAACAACUUCAGCAGUUGUAGGUUUGGUCAAUAAGGAAGAUUUAGAAACUAUUGCAAAAUCUAAACAUGCUCAGGAAAAAACCUACUUAGAAACUCCUCCACAAUCCCUGUGCACUGUGGAGGCAAGUGAUUUGGAAGGAAGUGGCACACGUGAAGAAGUGCUGCAUGUUUCAAAAACUACCCCCCAAUUUUCAAGUAUUGUGGAAGAAAAAAGUUCCGGAGCCACAAUAUCAUCUCUGGCUACAGAAACAGCAGGUGAUUCAGAAAAACAACUAGAAUUACAAAUGCGUUUUGAUGAAACAUGUUCAAGAACAGCUUUAGAACGUACAGAAAACGACUCUAAACCUACUGUAGAAAUAGCAUCUAUUGUGGAUGGCAAGAGUUCUGAGGCAAAUGCAGGGCUUAUGAAUAUAGUAGAGUUGAAGGACACUGAAUCCUUAUUAAAAUCUAAGAUUGCUCCAGAAUCAGUACACUCAAAAGAACCAGGAGAUUUUGAAGCAACCACUAAAUGCGCUUCUAUAGGGAAAGUAAAAGAUCUGCAAGUUGCCCAAACAACAAUGGGAAAAGAGAAGCAAAUGGAUUUUGAAGGAAUUUCAAAAUCUGUGUUAGCUUUGGGGACUCAGGAUUUGGAAAGAAAUUCAACUCCUAUUUUGUUGUCAGAUAAAAAGAUAUCUGAAGCGUCUUUGGAAUCUGCCCAUGCUCUUAGUACAAAAGAUUUGGUACCAGCUCCUAUGACUGCAGAGAACAUAGACAUUACAGAACAAAAUUCCAAAGAGAGGUGCAUGGCAGAGGUGAUAGAUCUGGAGUCAACUACAGAACAACAAGCUAAGAAUUCAGAAAAGAUUCCACAACUCACUGUGGAGGUGAAAUCUUCAGAAGCAACUUCAGAGCCUUUGCACAAGCCAAAGGAAAAAGACUUAGAUGGAGUGAAACAAGUCUCUUUGGAGGAACAAGGUUUAAAGGCAGCUGUAAAAUCUGUAAGUUCAGCAGCAGAAAACCUGAAAUCAAACCAACAAUUGUUGAAAGAUUCAGAAGCAUCUCUUGAACCUUUGCAAAUGGCCAAGGAGAAGGAAUUGGAAAUAACUCUACAGGAUUCUUUGAAGGAUCAGGAUUCAGACACCGCUCCAAAGUCUUCUGAUAUAAUGAAGGAAAAGGAAGAAAAUAUUUUAAAAGACAAGAAAAGUGAAAAAGUAAGCAGCAAAAAUAAAGAUAAAAGUAAGAGUGGGAAAAAAGCAAAAAGGAGUCGAUCAAAAUCUCCUUCUAAGACUAAAAAACGUAAAAAAAAAUCUAGAUCACGUUCCACCUCUAGACAGGUAGCAUCAAGAAGAGCACGUUCUAGAAGUAAGAAUGAUUCUCGUUCGAGAAAAAAGGACUCUACCUCACGUCAUAAAUCUCGAUCAAAAUCCUCUGACAAAAAAGAGAGCAAAGAAUCUUCAGUAAGGUCUAGACGGAGACGUUCGCGGACUUCUGAUCGGCUUAAAUCUCGAUCAAAGUCUGUUGACAAGAGAGAAACUUCUGUAAGGUCAAGGCGAAGACGGUCCAGAUCUUCUGAUCAUCACAAGUCUAGAUCCAGAUCAGUUGACAGAAGAGAAUCGGUCAGAAGAAGGCGAAGAUUGUCACGAUCAUCUGAUAACCACAAGUCUAGAUCCAGAUCAGUUGACAAAAGAGAUUCUUUGAUAAGAUCAAGGCGGAGGCAGUCUAGAUCUUCUGAUCGUCGCAAAUCCAGAUCACGAUCAACUGACAAAAGAGAUACCUCAGUGAGGACAAGGCGGAGGCGGUCUCGGUCCUCAGAUCGUUGCAAAUCCAGAUCCAAAUCUGUUGACAGAAGAGAGUCUUCAGUAAGAACAAGGAGAAGAAAGUCCAUAUCCUCUGAUCGCCAUAAGUCGAGAUCCAGAUCAGCUGAUGACAAAAGAAAAACUUCAGUGAGGUCAAGGCGGAGACGGUCCAGGUCCCCUGAUGUUCGCAAAUCUAGAUCAAGAUCAGCUGACAGAAGGGAAAUUUCAGUGAGGACAAGGCGAAGGCGGUCUCGGUCCUCUGAUCGCAAAUCUAGAUCCAGAUCAAAUGAAAGAAGGGAGAGUUCUGUGAGGGUAAGGCGAAGGCGGUCCCGAUCCUCCGAUAAUCGCAAAAGUAGAUCCAGAUCAGUCGACAAAAGGGACACUUCAUUGAGAGUAAGGCGAAGGCGGUCCAGAUCCUCUGAUCGCAAAUCUAGAUCUAAAUCUGUUGACAAAAGGGAGAGUUCAUUGAGGACAAGGCGAAGAAAGUCUGUGUCUUCUGAUCGCAAAUCUAGAUCUAAAUCUGUUGAUAAAAGAGAGACUUCAUUCAGGGGGAAAAGGAGACGGUCCAGGUCUUCUGAUAAUCGCAAAUCUAGAUCCAGAUCUGUUGAUAAAAGAGAUACUUCCACCAGGGCAAAAAGGAGACGGUCCAGGUCUUCUGAUAAUCGCAAAUCUAGAUCCAAAUCAGCUGAAAACUUAGAAACUUCAUCAAGAUCAAAAAGGAGACGAUCCAAGUCGGCGGAUAAUAAAUGUAGAACAAAAUCUGCUGAAAAAGAAGACCCCUCCCUAAAAUCCAGACACAGAAAAUCUAAGUCUAAAUCAAAGUCCAGAUCCAAAUCACCUGAAAGAAGAAAAGAUAAAGACUCUUCAGAUGUUUCAGGAAGAAAACGCUCCAAAUCUAGAUCAAAGUCCAAAUCGCUUGAAAAAACAGAGGGAACUGAAUCUGUGGAAGCACCUAAUCAUACCAAGUCUCCUGAAUAUCAUAAAUCUAAAUCUAGGUCUAAAUCUUUGGAAAAAACGAGAGAGAGAGACCCGUUGCGAAGAUCAAGGAGUAAGGGCUCCAAGUCCUCUGAACCAUCUCGUAGGCAUAGAACAGCAUCACGAUCUAGAAAAAACCGUUCUCGAUCAGCAACACGGAAGAGGUCCUCAAGAUCAAAAUCUGAUCAUCGCUCUCAAACACGUUCCCGAUCUCGCUCCCCAUCAUGUUCAAGACGAUGGAGGAGGACUAGAUCAAGAUCUGUGUCAAGACAAAGGUCUUUAUCCAGGGAAAGGCGUAGGAGAUCUCGGCGAAACCGGUCAAGGUCUAUUGACCGGAGGAGGAGGAGGUCUGAUUCAAGAGACAGCUACAGAAUACCCCUCAGAUUACGAUCUCGAAGUCGAACACCUGUUCGUCCAAGAUGCUCUAGAUCCACAGGGAGAAGACGGAGCACCAGUAUAUCACCUGAUCAUCGAAGAUCCAGAACUUCAAGCAGGUCACCUAAGCGUCUGACUGACUUGGACAAGGCACAACUACUUGAAAUAGCUAAAGCAAAUGCAGCUGCCAUGUGUGCAAAGGCUGGUGUUCCUUUACCGCCAAGCCUAAUGCCUGUUGUUACUCCAGAAAAGAAAGAAGAAAAGGUUGCACAAAAGUCUGCAAAAGAGACAAUAUUGGAACUCACUGAGAAAUGCAAGAAGAUUGCACAAAGCCAGGAAGAUGAUAUUAUUGUGAACAAGCCUCAUGUGUCUGACGAAGAGGAGGAAGAGCAUCCUUUUAUCAACCAUCCCUUUAAACUCAAUGAGCCCAAACCUAUUUUCUUCAACUUAACUACUCCUACUAUAAAACCGGCAGCUCCGAAAAAUCAGGUUACUUUGACGAAGGAGUUUCCUGUCUCUUCUGGAUCUCAACACCGGAAAAAAGAAUCAGAUAGUGCGUAUGGAGAAUGGGUUCCAGUUGAAAAGAACAAGGAUGAGAACAAGGACGAUGUGUUCCCCAACCCAGCCAAUCUGGAGCCUGUGGACAUCUCAUCAGCACUGACUGAGCGGACCAUAGCCCAAAAGAGGCUUACAGAAAAUACAUUUGACAUGGAGGCAAUGUGUUUGUUAAAUCGUGCACAGGAACGGAUUGAUGCCUGGGCUCAGCUGAAUUCCAUCCCAGGCCAUUUUACAGGAAGCACUGGAGCACAGGUCUUGUCAUCAGAACAGUUAUCCAACAGCGGUCCCCAGGCUUGGAUUAAAAAGGAUCAGUUUCUGAGAGCUGCCCCUGUAACUGGAGGAAUGGGAGCCCAACUCAUGAGGAAAAUGGGAUGGAGAGAAGGAGAAGGCUUGGGUAAAAAUAAAGAAGGAAACAAGGAACCGAUUCUAGUGGAUUUUAAGACUGAUCGGAAAGGCUUGGUUGCGGUGGGAGAAAAGACACAGAAGAGACAUGGACCUUUCAGCGCAGUGAAAGAUCUUUCAGGCAAACAUCCCGUUUCUGCAUUGCUGGAAGUCUGUAACAAACGAAGAUGGUUGCCUCCCAUAUUCGCAUUGGUGAACGAUAAUCGACCUGAACACAAUAAGCAUUUUCUCUUUAAGGUAUUGGUCAAUGGAAUUGAAUACAAGCCUAACAGUGUCAGUCCUAAUAAGAAGCAUGCUAAAGCCAUGGCCGCAACUGUGGCUCUGCAGGCAUUGGGACUCGUACCAAAGGAGCUCUUUGCUAAUGCCACCAGCUUCAGGAGUGCCUCACACAACUAAACAACUGUUUUUAUAUUGACAUCCUAGAUAUUUUUAUUCUACGCAAAGGAUAUUUCUCUUUUGUGGUUUUGUAAAUACAUUAGCAGCUCAUUGUAAAAACUGUACAGACACCUUCAGGCUUUUCUUUUUGUACAUGGAAAAUAUUUAAAUCACAUGGUUUUGGUAUGUAUAUCGAUGUUAGUGAUGCCAUCAUUUCUUAAAUUACUAAAAAUCCGAACACAUGACUAUGGAGUUAUCUGUAAUUUGUUUUAAAGCUCAACCGAUCUUUACCUUCAAUAUAAAAUUUAAAGUUUUACUGUUUUGUACCAUGAUGCAGUUCCCAUAGUUUUUGGUAAACUUUCUGUUAAAGCUGUGUAGUCUUAAGUUUACAAUGACAAUGACUGGUAGCUCAUGCUAGACAAGUGCCAGGCCCUCCUAUUUUAUCUGCAAAGAGAAAAUGGAUAUGGUUGCUGGAUGAUGCUAACUACUGCUAUUCCCCCUAUCCGAAUGCCAUUGAGUCUAGCAAAAUUGUCUAGCUCAGAAAAAAAAUUACACUUGUGAGAAUGAAGCACAUCCAGCAACAGAAAUAAGAACUGCAAUAUAAAUUUAUCUGCCUGCAUGUUUGGUAGAAGAAACAUGAAACUGUAAUCUGAGUCAAACACAAUGCCUGAUGUUGAUUGUAUACAUUUGUGGUAACUGAAUUUUCAGCUAUAACUGGAUGGGGAUGUAGAAUGAUGUUGUUGUACUCGGCUUGGUCAAUAAAGCAGCACAAGUUCCUUA